UCGGCCUCUUUGAAGAGCGCUCUCCGAAGCAAAUGAGCAGUUCGCCGCUGUCGCGCUAAGCCUAACUGUGUGUUUCCGCUGCCAGUGCUGUGUGAUGAGCGUUGCUCCGCUGCCUCAUCUCUCUCCUGCUCUUCUUUCCGAUCCCAUGGGCAGUCCCGAGCACCUGCGGCGGAGGCGGCUGUCCCAUCGGCGGCGAAGGCAGCAGAGUGGCUGAGGUGGAUGGGUGAGCAGGUGCUGCGUCUCGCGGAGGAAGUGCUGCGCCUGGAGCGGGAGCUGGCCCAGCAGCGGCAGCUGCGCGCACACCAGGCACAGCGCGCACACGCCCAGGCACAGGCUGUGCGCCUCUGGGUCGCUCAGCGCCUCAGGCAGCUCGAGGAGCACAACACGCGCCUGCAGGAGCAGAAUGAGCGGUGCAACGAGCAGCUGGAAGAGCUGAGACGGCGACUUGCACAGCUGAGUGAGCAGCUAGCGGCCAGUGCCCCGCCCGACGACGACGAAGCUCCGCCUGCCUACACCGCAGCUGUCCUUCACCCUACGAGUUGUCCCGGAGUGCGGUUGGAACGCAAGCGUUUCCGGGAGGUGACCACCCUCUCCUCGUGCAGUUCCAUGGCCUCGCCUGAGGAAGACGGAACGGCCCACAAGGGGUGGCCAAGCCCAGCCUUGGAAGGGUGUCGACGGGGCGUAGUAGCUCCGGAUGAGGAGUUACACGACUACGCCGAGAUUUACACCCCGAGCCGGGAGGAGGGACCCCCCGUGCCGGGGGGUGAUACUGGGCGGCCCCCUACACCCCCCAGACACCGUUUCCCAUCUUGGGAAUCUCGCAUCUAUGAGGUAGCGGCAAACGGCAUCAUCCAAUCACUCCACUCGGGCACAUCAGGUGCCUCGAGCCUGGAAGGUACCCUGCCGGGCAGCCGCCUCCACAGUGCCUUCUCCGAGCUCAGCGUGCCUGUCUAUGCCGCCGUCAAAGGGCGAGCGUCGCAGAUUCGGUCAAUGCCUUUCACGGGAGAGUCAUCGGAUUCGUCGGACAACGAAGAUACCAGUCGGACGCCCCUCAGCGGAUCCAGUGACCGAUCUCCGAAGGCUGUUGGCGUGCGCAGAGAGACUUCGGCCGAGUCGCUGCUGUCGGAUGAUUACGCAGUCCCUCCGGACGCAGUGUCCACCACUGCUGACACCCUGAGCCUGGACUCCCUCGAGCCACACCCGCCCGUGGUCUCCAGGGGCACCCAGGAGAGCCUGUACCCUGCCGUACCUGAGCCGGCCGAGAAGAGCGGCUACCUGACCAAGCUUGGGGGCAAGCUCAAGACCUGGAAGCGUCGUUGGUUUGUCCUGGCCAAUGGGACGCUGCGAUACUACAAGGCUCAGAGUGACGUUGGCCGCAAGCCAAGAGGCCAGAUUGCACUAGACGAAGUCUGCCGGGUCACUCGAGCUCACGGUGCCACCACCUUCGAGAUAGCGACGGACAAGCGGUCCUUCUACCUGACAGCCGACUGUACAUCCACCAUGGAAGAGUGGGUACGAGUGCUGCAGCAGGUACUGCGCAGUCGGCAGCUUGGCAACAGCCACGGCGUGGGCGAAGCUGGCCGGCCCACAGUAGAUGGCUGGGUGACCAAGGUCAAGCACGGCCACGCCCGCCGCUGCUGGGGGGCCCUCAUCGGCCGCACUUUCUUCUACUAUCGGGCCCCGGAUGACACGAACCCCCUGGGACAGAUACCACUGCGCGACGCUCGGGUGGAGGAAGUUCUGCACCUGUCGGAUAGUGAUGACGAUGAGUCGGCUGCUGACAAGAGUGAGCGAAGUGGUACACUCACCACUCAGCAACAGCAGCAGCAGUUUACGGUGGCCCUGCUUCCACGGAACCAGUCACCGACCUACCUCCUGUUCCCCACCAGGCAAGAAAUGGAUGCCUGGCUUUAUCACCUUACGGUUGUGUCUUCGGGAGAGAACACGUCGGGUAGCCAAUACGAGCAGCUGAUCAGCCGACUACUUGAAGUGGAUGGGGACCCAGGGAGCGUGGUGUGGAGGCACCCCUUGCUGCUUCACAGCAAGGAACCCCUGAGCCAGCCCCUCACCAGCCUGGCCUCCGAGGAGCUGCAGUCGCAGGCGCUGCGGCUAUUCAAGUCGGUGCAGCUGUUCAUGGGUGUCCCCCUGGAGGCGUCAGGCAUCGACUACCACGUGGCCCUGGCCCAGAACGCUCUGGCCCAAUGUCUCUCGUGUCCUGCGCUCCAGAACGAGCUCUUCUGCCAACUCAUCAAGCAGACCUCGCCACUGCCGGGGGGACACCGGUUGGCUGGUGUACAGCAACUGCUGCUGUGUGCCACUCAGUCUCUGUUCCUGUGCGACUCGUCCUCUGAGAAGGGCUCCCCGACGAGCGACAAGGCUGGCGGAACACCGCCCCCGCCAGCCCCAGCACCGCCGUGCCAUCAAGCGCCACCACCCCCGUCCCAGCAGCCGGCCGAUUGGGUACUCGUGCAGGGAUGGCAGCUGCUGUCCCUCGCAGUGGCCCUCUUCCCACCUCGCAACAGGACCCGGUGGCUUUUGAGGAAGCACCUCCUGCGGCACGCUGACUCCAGGAGUGAGCCGGGCCAGUACGCAUCAUUCUGUGGCCGAGCCCUGGAGCGUGCCCUGAAAGCCGGCAGCCCCCGGGAGUGCCGUCCCUCGCGCAUGGAAGUGCUGAGCAUACUGCAGCGCAACCCGUUCCAUCACUCCCUGCCACACUCCAUUCCCGUCCACUUCCUCAACGGCACCUAUCUGGUUGUUAGCUUCGACGGCUCCACCACGGUAGAUGAGUUCAUCGGGACGUUGACCCAGGAAGCCGGCAUGCGUGACCCGAGCCAGUCGGGCUUUGCCCUCUACAGUGACGACCCCAUUGACAAGGGCGUCCAGCACUGCCUCAACCUCUCCACUCAGAAGGGGGACUCCUUGCUGGCAGAUGAAGUCUACCAGUGCAGCACUCUCAAGCUGUGCGAUGUGAUCUCUCGGUGGGAACAAGCCCUACGGGAGCGCCACCUGGGGAAAGUUGAGAACACGCGAGUCAUCUGCCUCACCUUCAAGAACAGGUUGUUCCUGCGUCAGCACCAGAAGGCAGAGACGGAACGGGAGCGGCUGCUCACCUGCUAUGCUCUGCACGGGGAGCUCAUGCAGGGGCGCUUCCCCCUCACGCACGAGAUGGCUCUCGAGAUGGCCGCCCUCAUGGCACAGAUCGAGUACGGUGACCACUCGGGUGAGCGGGCACGGUCCAGACCCCAGCUGCUGCAGCAGGCCCUGGAACGUUUCCUGCCCCAGCAGUUCCUUCUGCCAGACAACAAGAGUCAGCAGGAGAGCCUCGGGGAGAGGUGGGCCGCCCUCCGGGGCAGGCCCGCGCAGGACUGUGUGCGCAUCUACCUCAACUGUGUCCGCAAGUGGCCUCUGUGCGGCGCAAGGCUCUUUGCAGCUAAGAUGAAGAGCAAAGAGCAGCAGAGCCUGUGGCUGGCUGUGUCUGAGGACGGCAUCAGCUUGCUGGAUUGUGCCACACUGCAACCAUGGGUGCAACAUCCGUACUCAAGUGUGAUGACGUUUGGCGGCUGUCAAGAGGAUUUUAUGCUCGUCGUCUGCCCGGAGGCCGGUGAGCCCUGCACAGAGCGUCUGCUCUUUGCCAUGCCCAAGGCACAGGUUCUAGAAGUCACCCUCCUGGUGGCUGACUACAUGAACGCGCUAGGUGCCACAGGUGCGAGCGUGGCACCCUCUCCCGGCGGCAGCCUCGUGGUGGGAAGCGCGCGGAGCAGGCUGAACAUGAACCCGUGCUCCGCGACCUCCUCACCCGCGCUGUCCACUGCCUCGUCGCGACGACCCCUGCUACCGACCCCAGACUCCUGACGGUCGCCGUCCACCACGCCCCGACACCGGCCCGACUCCUCCGCGACGAGCACAGGUGGUGCCGCCGUCACUGCCUCACCGCGCAGUGGCAGAGCCACCUGGAAGUGAGGAGCGUCACCAUGCAGUCGGGGACGUGGUGCACCCCUCCCCCUUUCCCUCGUAAAAGGAAGAGGCCCAUUCAAGAGCCUUGCCUGUCAACUGGUGCUCCUGUACAUUUCGACAUCAAAGAGGAAACUGCAGUUGUGGCAAACAUGCACCGUACUUCAAAGGGAAGUCACGCAAGAGAGAUUCUUCAAGAUGCACAUGCCAUCCAACGUAUACAACUCUUGGUACGAUUUCUCGUGCGAUCUCAUCUUCAACUAGUCAUACCGACGACAACAUGCAGCAAGUUUUUUUAAUAGGUUCCAACGGGUCACAACAGUCUCGGCAAUCGUGCUUCGUGACGUACCGUGUGCCAUUUAGGACGUGACAUCGCACCUUCCACGCUCCGUGUUAUCCGCACCACCAGAAUUGACCGGCAAGCAUAAUCUAUGGCGUGCGAUGAGCUACGGUGUUGACCUGCAAUCGGUGGGGAGCAUCGCCCAUACGUCACAGUUGGCUGAGGCAGUUUUUUGGCCUGGUGAGACAAGUGAACUGUGCGACAUACGUGGUCUCGCAAAAUAACGGCCAAGACUGCUUUCGACGGUCCACGUACUAGUGCAGCACGAGGUAUCUCAAGAGGUUCAGGCCUGUGUGCCAAUACAACUGCGUGCAUAGCUUUUCUCGUCGACCAACCCUCACCUAGAGGGUCGUGCCAAGAUGUGCCACAUGACUUGUUGCCAAGUGCUCAAAAAUGUUUGCACCAAAUGUGUUGCUGCACGGUAGCGCUUGCUCGUAUCGAAGCGACCGCACUAUAAAGAAAAAGCUGCUGCAGAUAGAAUGAUCUAAAUUUGUUUUCCUAGAAUGUGCAGGUGUUCACUCUCAUACCCCCCAGUGUUAAGUCAGUGAACUGGGAUGAAGGUUGGCAUAGUUAGUUCAAGCUGGAGUGUUCAUUGGCAAUGAAGGAUAAGGCAUGUACUGAGAGGAGCAGACAACAUGAUGCUGUUCGUAGAAUUCCUUAACAAGGGUUUCUUACGAUUACACAUAUAGAAAAGCAGCUCUAGUGUGUGGUGCUGCAAGAAUGGGCAUGCUGGGAGGGGGACGACGGGGUAGAUGACAUUUUUAAAAAGUCACUAGACCUCCAACAAACGGCAUUCCAUUUGUCACAGCGGUCAAGUGUGUACUAAUGUAGCUCAUGCACUGCAGCUUUUUCUGCAUGAUUAAGCUCAAUAGCACUCAUUUCUUUUUCUAAAAUAGGAGCACCUGUACCGGUCUAUUUCGUUAUGUCAAGUGCCAACACUGACUUAAAAUAUGAGAAAAAAAUUUGAACAUCAUUCAGUCAUAUCUUUUUCCAUACUUCACUUACAUGUUCGAUUGUGUGAAAAAGACGUUAGCUAGUGUACUGAUGAAGCAAGACUGUUUUCAUAAAUAUUUUAUUCAUAAGGAAGCUUUACUACUUGCACUGAUGUGGCCAUUUCAUGGCCAAGUCAAGUUUGAGGUGAGCCAAGCCAUGUCCUCCCUCUGAUGGUCCCAUAGUGUAACACUGUUUAUUAAGCAACUCGCAUAAAAAGUGGUAAUAACGACAGUUGAGAGGUGCCGCAAUGGAGAGCCCCGGAAAUUUUGGCCACCUGAGUUUUUUUUUAACACGCAUCUGAAUCUAAGCACAUGGGCCACUAGCAUUUCACCUCCGUCAAAGUGCAGCCACCAUGGCCGGCAUUCAAUCCCGCAACCUUCGGGUCAGCAGUCAAGCACCUAACUACUGGAAAACCGCAGUGGGUGCAUAAACAGUGGUGAUGUCUAGCUGAAACUGUGAGACUUUACAAUACUGUUUUACAAGGUAAUGCUUAAUUAUUGACCACUCCCUUGCAUACUCUGUAGAAGUAAGUGCAAGGAGCAUUGCCCUCACAACAACUGUUUCAUGUAGGAGUUUGUGGAGUGGCAUGCGCGUUUACCUUCGCCUCUAUCUCGGCGUCAUGUUGUCUGCUGCUUUUGAUACACGUCUCACUUUUAGUUACCAUCAUCCUUGUGAUUUGUUAGUGUGCUAGCUGGACUCGUUGGUCGUCCAGUGAAAGCACUGUUGGGGCCAAUACCAGACAAAAAAAUUUACAUGAGGCAAAAGUUUUUGCAAGUACACUAUGGCCCAAAAGAAAUGAUGACAGUAAGGAACUGAGGCACAUUUUUCGCACAAAUGACCGUGUACAUCAGUGCCAGAACUUUUGUGGAACCUGGCAUCAUUGUGGUCCCCCGGCAAGCUUGUAGAUACGUUUCAAACAUUGAGCCCUUUAUGAAAAAAAAUUUUGCACAUAAUGCAUGCCACUUUGUGUCAGUAUGCAAGUCAUUCGCGUCGGAAUACAGCUAGGUCAACACUUCGGCUAUGUUUUACAGAAACCGUGCCAUCAACCUAAAAUCUGCAGCAAACGGGCAGGGCUGUUGCCGUACGAUGUGCUAUAGCACCACCACGUGGCUAGUACCAUGUACGAAGCCAUGUGGCUAGUGUGAAUAUGGUACCAUCUUUGAGAGGCAGAAUUAGUACGUAAGAAAGGAGAAGGUGCAACCGCUAUGUCUUAGCCAGUGACCGGGCCACUUGAAACGAUUGGCUAGCUGAGUUGUCUACAGUUCUUUGAAGUUUACACAGGGUGGGUACGGAUACUGCAUUCGGGAACUACAACCACUUGGUGUACUAAGCUCUCUCAUGUUCUAAUCUGGUCAUACAAACUAGCAUUGUUUGUUUGUGUUCACUUGUGUGACUUGUCAUGUCACUGGACAUAUGGCUGUGAGAGCAUCGGCAUCCGCGGACAGACGGUCCAAGACAAGCCUGGCUGGUUGUGUUGGGACACAGUGAAGUGAGCACCACUGGUGUUACAGUCUUUCUACUUCUGUGUGGAAAAGGGGUGGGGGAGGAGUGUAGAAGGGGUUCUGUGCCAUUUUGGCUGUAACCAGCGAAACCCUUACCGAGACCUCGGUGAUCUUAGCAGCAUCUUUGGAACCUGCUUGCACCAAAGAAAAAAAGAACGCCGAUGGCAAAUGUAGACAGCUGCGAGACGUUCAGUGUGCCAUUAGCUCGACAGAAUCUGUGCAAGUUUCAGUUAGCAGAGUAGAUAUUAAGCUGUUCUAGAUUGUGUGUGUACAUGUGUGUGUGAUUGUGUGAAAGGAUGAUUGUGUUCUAAUUGCCACGGCUUUUUCUACAAACCCUUUGCUCUCCUGAAUCUCGUCUUUUUGUGAUUACCGAUAGCCAAGAUCUCAGAAGUUUGUUUGGCUGUCAGCUUGUCGCUGUCAGUCAGCUUGCGUGCGGGGGUUUUUUAACGAGCUCGCUCCUGGAACUGAUACCACCGCACAACCUAUUUUUAUAUAAUGCUGCAUUUCGUAUCUAUUCCUCUAGCCUCGUGCCGUGCAUUGUUGUGGGUUUCGCAUCGCUUGCAUACCGGUGCAAACGCGUUGGCAGGAUCGCCGUUGGAUUCGAGAUAGCCUGGCAAGUCAUGAUAAUCAGUGGCCUACGGCACCCAGCUUUUAAUUACUGCGACAAGUCUCAAACGAACAAAUCCCAUAGCCUGCAAUAGUCAUGUUUUUAUAUAUCUGUGUCACGUUGCAAGGCUCAAGUUAUGUGUGAAGUCGUCAAGACAGGUUGUUGCAUAAAAGGCAGUGUUUCGCGUU